AUGCCUCUCUUCCGCAGUUCUGGCGGAUCCGGUAGUCUUCCGAGAGGAUUUCGCCCUCCAAGCAGCGCCAAUAGAGACAGUUCUGUCAUGCCUGCCGUUGGUGUGGCGUCAACACCGCUGCAACCGCGUCGGGAACGUACAGUGCUUUAUCCAGAGAGUAAAGGAGCCACGCAGGAUGAUAUUAUUGCCGCUCGCCUUGCGAAAAGGGUGAACAUAGAGUACCAUCAGCCGAUGAGGGAGAAACCUGCUGCUCGUGGUGAUGGGGGUGAAGGCAGCGACGAUGCAGAGGCUGCGGUGAGCACUGUUCCAAAUGAAGGCAACACCGUGAAGGUGGGGUUCUCGGUGACAGAACCAUCACAGCAACAGGAACAGGCAGAACAAAACAAGGACGAAGGAGUCGGUGAUGAGGAUAUGGAAGAGAAAAGUGAGAUUGUGUCGAGUUAUCCAGUAAGCCCACAUGGUUGUCUCUAUUUUCAGGUGGAAACAGAUGCAGCCACGCGACACGAGUCAACGGGUAUCAUUGUCAUUCAGAAAGAAGAACUGGGUGUGAUGAUGUAUGACCGGGCAGGACGGCAGCACGGUAACCGCCCUGAGCCCGGCUACCCCAUCAAAGAGGAGGAGGCGCUGAACGCAAAGGCGGGUACAACGCUGAAAGUUGGAACAAAAAUGGUUCUUCUUAUCACAGCCUUGAAGGAAGAGUCCUUCCGUAGCGGUGAAUUUUUUCUUAGUUCUGAGCACCAACUCCGUAAGAAGGAGGAAAAACAGAAGGCCAGAGAAGAGGCGGCUGCGGCUGCCGGCUCGCUAAGCGUCAAACCAAAGAUGUCCUUUGGAAAGAGUCUUUGUGGUGGUAUGUUCGCACAGCCGGUUUUCCGCAAGCGUCCGCGCGAUGGUCAGACAGGCUUUACUGUGCCUGUUGCUGGUCGGCCAAAGUCUGGCCCUGGCGGCGUCAAGGCGGAGUUGCGGCCCCUGCACGAUCCUGACCGCGAGGGCGCCGUUGUACUCUUCCGUGCCGAGUACAAGCGUGAUGCCAACGGCCGCCCGCAAGUUUCUGUUGUUGUGGAUCCCGUCAUUGGUGACAAGUUGCGCCCGCAUCAGCGGGCAGGUGUGAAGUUCCUCUUUGACUGUAUCACGGGUGAGCGGAUGCCGGGUUACCACGGUGCUAUUCUCGCGGACGAAAUGGGCCUCGGUAAAACCAUUCAAACAGUCGCGACAAUUUAUACCUGUAUUCGCCAGGGCAAACAUGGUGUGCCGACGGCGCGGAAGUGUCUUGUUGUCACGCCUUCAUCCCUUGUGAAGAACUGGUGCAACGAGUUUGACAAGUGGCUUGGUGAGGGCGCUGUGAAGUACUUCGCCAUCUCCGAGUCGACGCCGAAGGGUGACCGCAUUAUCUCACGCUUUGACGGCGACGGCGACGUCCUUGUCAUCUCUUACGACCAGCUGCGCAAGUACAUCUCGCGCAUUUCUACGCUGAAGUCGGUGGAAUUGGUAGUGUGCGACGAGGGACACCGCCUCAAGAACGCAGAGGUAAAGACAACCAAGGCGGUCGAUCUGCUGCCGACCCGCAAUCGCAUCAUUCUUAGCGGCACACCCAUCCAAAAUGACCUCUCCGAGUUCCACGCGAUGGUUGGGUUCGUUAAUCCCGGCAUAUUGGGGAGCCGUGAUGUGUUUGCGCGUGUGUUUGAGGAGCCGGUGAUGCAAGGGCGCGAUCCUGACUGCCCGGAGUACAUACGCUCACUCGGUGCCGAUCGUGCGCACUACCUUUCGAACCUCACGCAACGCUUUAUUCUACGCCGCACGCAAUCCAUCAACGAGUCGUACUUACCACCCAAGGUGGACAUUACAGUCUUUGUGCGACUUGGCGCGUUGCAGCGUGCGGCGUAUGAAAAACUCUCCAGCCUUGUGGAGAACUCUCGGUGUACACCACUUGUGCUCAUCUCCGCGUUGCGAAAGCUCUGCAACCACAUGGACCUUUUCCACGAGGCGGUGGUGCACUCGAACAAAGACAAUGGCGAUGGCCACGGCAUCCCCAAAUCCGUGCUACCGAAGGGAUACAAGUCUGGGACGCUCUCGGAGGCCGCUGGGAGCAAGAUGCAUUUCGUCUCUCUCAUGUUAGACGAGCUCCGAACAAACGGAAACCGUGACAAGCUGGUUAUUGUCUCCAACUUUACACAGACAUUAGACGUCAUGGCCGCCAUGUGCCGUAGUAAAAAGAUCAGCUUCUUCCAGCUCGAUGGCAGCAUGCCUGUGAAGAAGCGACAGGACGUGGUGGACAGAUUCAAUGUCCCCGGAUCACAGGAGAUCGUAUUCCUACUUUCUUCAAAGGCCGGCGGUGUAGGACUCAACCUCAUCGGAGCCAACCGUCUGAUUCUAUUCGACCCCGACUGGAACCCCGCUAAUGACGCACAGGCAAUGGGACGUGUCUGGCGUGAUGGUCAGAAGAAGCGCGUGUAUAUAUAUCGCCUGCUCAGCACUGGAUCGAUUGAAGAGAAGAUAUACCAGCGGCAGGUGAGUAAGCAGGGUCUCUCCGCCAACGUGGUGGAUAUGCAGAGUGACUCCAAGCAGCAUUUCACGCUGGAGGAGCUGCGGUCGCUCUUCUCCUAUCGCGGUGACACUCCGUCUGACACCCACGACCUGCUUCACUGCACGGGUUGCGAGGCGGUUGCGGAGAUGGCAGCGGCCCCAUCAGGGAAGGCAAAACAACACGCGUCGCCAAUGAAGUUCCGCCGUGUAGGCGAGAAGAAGAGUGGCCCCCGCAUGGAUGAACUGAAAGGAUGGCGCCACUUUGCACGUUGUGUGGCGUUUCCAUUGGAUCAGGUAAUGCGUGUGAUAGCCACCGCGGCACCUGCGCUGUGCAGCUUUAUCUUCGCCGACGAGCGCGACACCACAGCCAACAACAAUGCCGUCACCAAUGCUAUCACCAAGAACGGAAGCGGCAGAAGGAACAACAGCGAACGCGAUGCGGCGUUAACAACGGUGCGGGUUGAACGGCCCUUCGCGCAGGAUGAGGAAAAGAUCAUCUGCUCGAGCCAAGUAGAUGAAAACCCGGAAGAACCCGAGUUUGAGAUCGAAGUGCACGAUGAUGAUGAUGAUGACGACGAUGGCACGGAGGAAGAGGAGGAAGAAGAAGAACCCGAGUUUGACGACGAUGAUGAUGACGAUGAAGACUGA